AUGGAGUUGUCGGUUUCUCGCGAAUCGCAACAAGUGCCCGAUGACGGAGCACACAUUGAAGUUCCUGGUUAUACUCCUAUUCCAGGAAGCUACCUGCAAAAGAGGAUUCACAGAAGGGCUGGACAGAGCGAUUCAAGCCAACUCCGUCCUAUCUUAAACUCGUAUCGAUAUCGCCCCCUUGAAGCGGUAUCUUACGUUCGACUUCUCUUUCUGUACCCAGGUGAUGGAGACGAGCCACUAUUCUGCGAUAUCAAGCAUUUUGAUCUGAACUGCUACCCACCUUACGAGGCUUUAUCAUACGUCUGGGCUAACCCUGACCUUUGCUGCCGUCUGCAUGUCGCGCAGCAUGGGUACGUCAAGAUCACAGCCUCUUUGAAUACUGCCCUUCGAGACCUUCGUUUCGCCAACAUGAAUUCUGGUGCAAGAAUUCUCUGGGCCGAUGGCGUUUGCAUCAACCAAAGGGAUUUGGAAGAAAAAGAGCAACAAAUUCGGCUGAUGAACAAAAUUUAUCGCCAAGCGACAUUGGUCUUAACGUACGUUGGAAAUGCGACUAAAGAAAGCAAGAUGGGACUGGAUCUGGCUUGUAUACUCCUCCGGUCAGCAAGUUCUCAGUCGCACGAAGUUGAAAAUCCGACGUUGGGCGCAAAUGAAGCCGAGUGGCGCCAACUAGGAUUCCCGGAGCAUGAUCACCCGAGCUGGCAUGCUCUUGGCGUGUUGCUACAGCGACCCUGGUCAAGUCGAGCAUGGAUUGCGCUGGAAUUUUUGUCGAACAAAGAUGAUCUAAUGAUAUGUGGCGAUAUCCUGUUUCCAUGGACAUUACUCUACGGUGUUGUCUUUCAUACACUGAAUGGAAGACUACCUACUCUCGCCUUCGACCCAUCCAGACCGCCUGAUGGACCCUUUGAUGACCGGAUGUACUUCGCAGAGACUCUCCACCUUCUGGGUUUUAUGCGUAUGCGAGCCUGGUUCUCUAACGGAGGGCAAUUGGGUUGGUCACUGUUCAAACUCCUCCAGCGAUGCCAUGUCCUGGCAUGCAGUGAUCCAAGGGACAAGAUCUUUGCCUUUCUCGGCAUUGCUGAGGAUCGUGAGAAAUUUUCCAUAGAAGUGAAUUAUACGAAAUCUGUUACAGAAAUCUUCUGCUCCACCGCCAUUGCUCUACUUCAGACCUCUCAGUCACUGGAGCUUCUCAGCAGCAUUCAUGCGAAUAGGGGCCUUGACCUGCCUAGUUGGGUACCAGACUGGUCGACGACACCAGAAUUCGUCAAUGAGCUCCUAUAUGAUGCACCAUUCUACCAUGCCGGUGGAUCAACUAUCCCUAGGAUCGACAUAAAGACAGAGAGCAAGAGACUAGUUCUCAAGGCCCUGUUGAUCGAUCAGAUAUCUUCUGUCAGUGGCCUGGUAAGACAUACCAUAGAGAAUGACGGGACUAGUACGUGCCAUAUCUGGCUUCAGGAAUGGUUGCGCCAAGCUAUGAGUCACGGGACAUAUCCUAACGGCGAAGCUCCGAUAAACGCCUUGUGGAAGACACUUAUAGCUAAUUCGACGCAUACGGGACAUGAGGCUACCGAAAAUUACGUGGAGCAAUUUGAGGCGCUUAGGUUACGAGCCGCUACAGACUACGCAGUGUCAAAGGGGUAUAUCUCGGCGGGAUUCAGGGAUCUAGAUGCUAUUGCAACAGAUCCACUCCUCCCUACUGAUUUUGUUUCUCGGCUCGAAUCGUUAGACGUCGUCCGACAAUCGAAGCUUUGGCGCGAAUUUGUAAGAGGCAUAACGCGCGCUGCAUGUGCUCGCUGUCUUUGCAUUACCCAGAAUGGCUACUUGGGCCUAGUUCCCCCGAACUCCCGCAGCGGUGAUAGCGUCGCCGUUUUUCUGGGAGGUAAAGUACCUUUUGUACUUCGCGCGGUUGAUGGCAAGUUUGAACUGAUUGGGGAAUCAUAUUUGCAUGGGAUUAUGAAAGGUGAAGCACUGGAAAUGAAGGAUGUGGAGAUACAGGAGACGACACUCAUCUAA